AUGACUAGCUCCGAAUUGAUUUAUCAGUACAAAACGACAUGCAAUAAGCUGAAGAAAAUACAGCGCGUUUUAAUUAAACGCUUUGGACCAAGUGUAUCGGAAGUGUCGGAUGAGUUUGGUGCGCUAGCUAACAGCUUUAACGAAGCAUUCCAACCAGAAUACGCAGCAAAAUGUUACAUCGGCCAGAGCAAAUGUGAGAAACUUAUCGGCAACGAUAUGGGUGAGGUAGAUGCCCUGCUCCGAGCCGCACGAUCCUUCCGUACCGCUCACGAUAAGCAGGAGCGAAUGCGAGUCGCGAACAUCUCGCAUGCAUAUCACGAAGGGGCCUUUCGAUGCUACACACAGGCGCUUUCCCGGCUGCCGGACAAAUCGGUUAUUGGGGCGGCCAUCAUCAGAGAGCUGAAGGAAAUCCAUCCGAACGUGGAACUGACGAGCGACUUCAGCUCACCGUGCCAUCGGAUUUGGGAUCUGGAACAGUCGGCAGAGGAAAAUCUAACGGCACGUGAUUAUGUCGGUGCAUUCGAGAAAUUGUCGGAAAUUUACGACGAUGUUACCGAGCGAAAGUGUGAAUCGCUCUACCAGGACGUGAUGAAACGGAUCGAAAUAUCUCGGCUGCUUCUGCUAUGUUUGCUGCAACUGCCACCGUCUGUGCGUUACGAUCACAAAUUUAUCGAACGGUACUCAACCAUCGGUGACGGUGGUCAACGAGAAUCGAGUCCCGACCGAGCACGGCUGCCGGAUGAUCUUGUGUUUCUUCUGCAGUCACUGGUCGUUUCCUGCCAGGCAAAGGAUAUCGAAUCGCUAACGGCUGUCCGCGAUGAGCUAUGCCAAAGGCAGGAUCUGACCCACUCACAGCAAGCUCUUCUGAAGGAAGUGGUCGCAAAGUAUAGUAAAUGA